AUGGAAAUCAAUCAGCUCACAAGAGGAAGUAAAGUUAAGAUAGUGGAACAGAAUGAAUCCGACAGAAGGAUCGCUGAAGCUCCUAAGGUCCCAGGCAAAAUAGCUGCAACUACGCAGGCAGUUUCGGAUGAUGAAGGAGAUCUUGAAUGCGGCGAGGAUGAAGACGAUGAAGAGGAAGAAGAUACUCUCAACCUCAAUAGGGAGGAAUUAGCGAUAGACGUGGGAGAGGAUGACGAAGAAGAGGAAGAAGGAGAUGAAGAAGAGGACCUUGAACUGGAAGAGGAAACAACUCCAUCAUUACGAAAUACACCUACUGGCGAUGCUUCCGAUCAAUUAGGAGGCAGUCCGGAUUCCAUGAGACAAAGAAUACCCAUCAAAUAUAUCGAAAACAAGACGCGAAGACAUGUUACCUUUGCCAAGCGGAGACAUGGGAUUAUGAAGAAGGCCUACGAACUAAGUGUGUUGACAGGAGCUAAUGUCCUUCUGUUGAUCCUUUCGGGAUCCGGCUUAGUAUAUACUUUCAGCACGCCUAAAUUAGAACCAGUGAUACGAGAUGAAGAGGGAAAGGGAUUAAUACGAGCAUGCUUAAAUGGUCCUGAUGGUGACAGUGCAGCUAUAUUCUAUCCUCCCAAUGAACUUGAAUAA